CUCUCUUCUUGCAGUCUCAGUUCAUUCCCAGCUUCCGUCAGAGCGAAGCAGCAGCCAUGAGCGGACGAGUCGGCGACCUGAGCCCCAAACAGGCUGAAAGUUUAACUCAGUUCCGGGCGAGGAUCCAGGACCUGGUCCCCUUGCUGCCGGCCCACCACGACCACUACCUCCUGCGGUGGCUCCGAGGUGAGACCUCCUCCUCCUCCUCCUCCUCUUCCUCUCUCUCUCAGUUGGGGAAGAACGUCGAGGCGAUCUCUCUGAUCUACGACUGUGAAGGACUGGGACUGAAACACAUCUGGAAACCGGCUAUUGAGACUUACGGAGAGAUCCUCACCAUGUUUGAAGAGAACUACCCCGAGGGGCUGAAACAAGUGUUCCUCAUCAAAGCUCCUAAAAUGUUUCCCAUGGCCUACAACCUGAUCAAGCACUUCCUGUGUGAGGAGACCAGACGGAAGAUCCUCGUUUUAGGAAGUAACUGGCAGGAAGUGCUGCGUCAACACAUUGACCCAGACCAGCUCCCUGUGGCGUACGGAGGAACCCGGACCGACCCGGACGGAGACCCUCGCUGCAGAACCAUGAUAAAUUACGGUGGCACCGUCCCCCGGUCGUACUACGUCCAGGACUCGGUGAAGGUGGAGUACGACGGCAGCGUGGCGGUCGGCCGAGGCUCCGUCGUCCAGCUGGAGUACGACGUCACAGCCGCCAGCAGCCUGCUGAGGUGGCAGUUUGCCAGCGACGGAGCAGACAUCGGGUUUGGAGUGUACAGACGGACCACAGAGGGCGGCAGACAGGAAGUGGCGGAGAUGCUGCAGGUCGUGCCCAGCGAACGCUACAACGCACACCUGGUCCCUGAAGACAGCUGCCUCACCUGCACCGAGCCCGGAGUCUACGUGCUGUGUUUUGACAACAGCUACAGCAUCCUGCAGUCCAAGAGGGUGAGCUACAAGGUGGAGGUUCUUCCUCCUCCGGACGGACAGAGUCCACGCAGCCCAGGAGACUGAUCCAGGACAGAGUCCACGCAGCCCAGGAGACUGAUCCAGGACCCGGAUCCCUCAGACUUACACUAAUCAGUGACACCUGGAUCAAUGUUCUCGCAUCAAAGAGGCUGGGUUGUUGUCGCCAGAUAAUCCACGUGAUGAUGUAGAGAUUUACAAUUUGUGACAAUUCAGGACGACAAAGAAGAUCAAGAAUGUUACUUUUUAGAAAAACUUGUUUAGAACCAGAGAACGUUAACCUCUGAGGAUCUUAUCCCCGGAGUCCUUGUGUUUUUUUGACCAGCUGUUUUCCUUAGGGUGGCAUCUAAAUCAUGGUUGAGGCUGUCGCUGUGUGCCUGCUCCGCGCCCUGCUACACCCUGCUACGUCCUGCUACACCCUGCUACGCUCUGCUACGCCCUGCUACGCCCUA